AUGAAUGUGUUAUCUAGUCUCUUGAACCUGGCUGCUCUUAAGGGGAUUUUCAAUUAUCAUCCCAAGUGUAAAAGAAUCGACUUAACCCAUCUUUGUUUCGCGGAUGAUCUUCUUAUCUUUUACAAACCCUUAAUUGAUUCCAUCAGUGGUGUCACAGCUGUGCUGGAAGUUUUCUAUUUUAUGUCAGGGUUGAAGCUUAAUGUUAGAAAAAGUAAGAUCUUUGUAGCUGGGUUAACUACUGCUCAAUGCAAUAUUAUCAGUGAGACCACUGGUUUUAAAUUAGACAAGCUCCUUGUUCGAUACUUAGGGAUUUCUUUGGUGACCAAGAAGCUCACGGAGAAUGAUUGCCUGAGCCUCAUUGACAAAAUCAGAGCAAGGUUGAACUUGUGGGAAAAUAAGCAUUUGAGUUUUGCUGGCAUGCUACAAUUAGUGCAUGAUGUCCUGUUUAGCCUCACUAAUUACUGGUGCAGGCAGGUUAUGCUUCCUCGGGGGGUGAUUAAGAAAGUUGAGCAGUUAUGCUCUCGGUACUUCUGGAAGGGUGCUGAUUUACCUGCCAAUAGAGCUAGGGUGAGCUAG